UCAGCAUCCGCCUAUCAUAUUCCUGUGAAUAAUGAACGCCCCAAUCGAAUAAUGAAUUCAUCAAUACGGAAUACUCCUGCACGUAUGAUCAUGUCUGCUGAUACAACGACGACGCCACUACCAUCGAACAAUAGUAAUAAUAACUUAGUGACAACAGGGAUGAAUGAUAGUAGUAUACGUGUUGGAACACCAGGAAGUAGCGGUUAUGGGAGUGGAAAUGAACUGACAACUGGUAACAGUACACAACCAACCUCUCCGAUUGGAUCAACUCCAAGAAUAUUUGGUAAUUGUGCUGAAUGCAGUCUAAGAAUUGUUAAUUUGACGGAUGCAUGUUAUGCUAUGGGAUAUUUAUAUCAUAAUUCAUGUUUUGUCUGCUGUUGUUGCAAGAGAACUUUACGUGGCAAAGUAUUCUACAAGGAUCAAGAUAAAAUCUAUUGUGAAGAAGAUUAUCUGUAUUGUGGUUUUCAACAGACAGUGGAGAAAUGUUUCGCUUGUGGACAUAUAAUCGCUGAAACUAUUCUUUUAGCAAUGGGCAAUACAUAUCAUCCAGGAUGUUUCCGCUGUUGUAUAUGUACAAAAUGUUUAGAUGGAAUACCGUUUACAGUUGACUCACGUAAUUUAAUCUAUUGCCUACCAGAUUAUCAUCUCGUCUAUGGUCCAUUAUGCGCUGUCUGUGGAUUGGUGAUUAUGCCAGAAGAGGGUUCAGAUGAAGUUCGACGAGUUGUAGCUCUUGGUAAAGAAUUUCACAUUGACUGUUAUCGUUGUGUUGAUUGUAAACGAUGCUUAAGCGAUGAACCAGAGAAACGUUGUUAUCCAUUCAAUGAACCAGAUCCUGGAGCACCUGGUCGAAGUGUACAACGUAUGCUAUGCUUAAAUUGUCAUCUACAACGAAUUGGUGCUAUUCCAGCGACAUCAGCUGGUGGAAUUGUAAAUAGUAAUAAUAACAAUAGUAGUACCACUACUAAUAAUACUAUCAGUAAUAGUAGCAGCACUAUUGGUGGUACUAUUGGUCAUACAAAAUCAACAAGUGGAAUUCUAAAUUAUUCUAUGUCAAAUAAUCAUAUGAACAAUUCAGGCGGUCGGUAUUCAACUAUGCCAAAUCGUGUUCAAGCUUCAAAAUUGAACACCUUGAACACAACAAGUACAGUUAGCCCACCUAGUUCUGCUCCAUCGUCUUCUUCUUCUUCUCAUCAUCAUUAUCCACAUCAUCAACCUUAUCAGUUGAAUACAUCGUUGACAACAUCCACUUAUCAUACGACACCGCAUAUUCAUAGUGCAUACAGUACACCAAAUUCACUCGGAGUCAAGCAUCGAAGUAGUAAUGGUAGCAAUAUUGGUAAUAAUACGAAUACGAAUAAUUAUGCAAUUAAUUGGGAAAGGGCAAGAAUGAAUGGUGCAAAUAGCGCGAAUCAUCUCCAUCAUGGUGGCGAAAGUAGUAGUAGGAGUUAUCAUAAUUCCUCCGAGACUAAAAGUUAACCAGUACAAUUCUAAUUUUAUCUCAUCGUUACACCAAUGUAUACAAAUUAUUAUUAUUCAAUGUGAAUUUCAUUGCUUCCCCUCGCCGUCGAACCUUUAACCCUGCUCCCACUUCACCGUCUUCAUUUCGUGGAAAUACCGGCCCAUUGUUAUGAACAAUCAACUUCCAGCCAGUGAGUGAGUUCAGGGGUGGAAACUCGCUUCGCUGAACUGUGUGACCCAUAACCCGAUACUGGAGUAACUCAUCGAGUUCCAACCUAAUCUUGUUUAUUGUAUUCAGUUAUAAAGUUUAUUCUAGUCGAAUGUCAGUUAUACUUACUUCCCUUCACUAUUAUGUAUGAUGAAAUCAAAUCGAAUCAAAUAUAUAAUUACGCCAAAAUAUGCAUUUCAGACUAGUUAUAUUCAGAACAAAACAGGCUAUUGAAAAUUAUUAUUAUUAUUACGCGCAAUUAUAUAAUAAUAACUUCUAAUUGAAGAACAAUAACAAAGACAGACUGAACAAUUUCUUUUGUAUCUUCUUCUUCUUAUUUUACACUGUCUAUUUCUCUCUGUCCCUGCCUCUGACUUUUCAAUCUACUUCUAAGAAGAUGAUGGGCAGUAUACAUUUUGGCGUCCUGUCUUCUCCCCAACUUGUUUUAUGUUGUUCCACACUUUUUUUUACAAAUAUAUAAUGAUAAUCAUUUUAA